UGUCCUGAAACAAAAUGGCGUCUGUUGUCUGUCAGUUUGCGCAUUUCUAACCUCAAAUUUUUUGUCGGCUUGUUUACAUAAUCUUUUUUGCUUAAAAAAAUGGUUAAAGAGUCAAGUAGUUUGAAAAAAAAGCGCAAAAGUGGGACUAGUGCCGACAAUGAGGCCGAAAUCGACAUUUAUAAAAAAUCGGUCGAAUUUGAGGAGAAAGAGGCCCUCAAUCGACCGAACGAUACCGACGCUCAGAUUUACUUCAACACGUGCAAAGAAAUUCGGCAUUUAUUCGCCGAAAUAAGUGAACUGAAAAUGAAGAGUGGGUCUGAUGUCAGGGCUAAAAUUACGGAAAAAACCACCGAAGUGUGUCUAUUAUUGGUGCUUUUGAAAAAACUGAACCGCAUGGAGAAGGUGCGUUUGGUUUUUCCAAAAGAACAAUUGGCUGCGGAAAAACAAAAAGUGGACAGUAUUAAUUUACAAUAUCAGAACUUGUUGUACGAGGCUAACCAUCUGAUGUCGGAAUAUCGCAAAUGUUUCCAGUUCAAGUCUAAAGACGAGCACAUCGAGCUGGUCCCCGUUGAGGAGUUCCUCGCCGAAGCGCCGAAAAAUUUAACGACAAAAUUCAAAAAAUUUGAUGAAACCGACGAAAUGGCGAAGCACGAGCUGCGGCUCGCGCGCCUCGAGUGGGAGCUCCAGCAGCGUAUUCAUUUGGCCGACAUGUGCAAAAAACUUGAAGAGGAGAAGAAAAAACUAGAGGGGGAUAUUGCCGAACGUCGCAAUAAAUUGGAUAAAUUGGGGCCCCUCUUGUCUUCGGUCAUGGAGGCCACGAAACCGGUGCAGGAGCACCUGGGGCUCCACAUUGACAAGAUCCAGGCUGAACACAAGCUUGCCUCGCUUCUACCCAACCCCCUUUACUUGUUUUAUGCCAAUAUUGACGCCUACAGACAGGUGAACGACUCGGGGAUGAGUGUGGAGAUUAUGGGGGACCAGGAGGAGGCUAGUCAAUGGAAGGAGUUGGAGUUGGCAGAGGAUGAAGAAGAGGAGGAGGAGGACAUGGAACCGGAAGCUGAGAUACAGGAGGUGGAGGAAAUUGUCGAAACGAAGAAACGGCGUCACCGGAAGUCGGUACAUGUUGAUCCACUUGAGGAGAAAAAACGCAAGUUGUUACAAGUUCACCCGCUUUCUGUACAAGUUACUGUCACUACUAAAGACGGUCCUUCAAUUAAAAUUCGACUAAGUUAUUACGCAAAAUUGGAAAUCGUCACUGUAUCUUCAAGCGUCAAUAUUCCGAGCAAUAUUACAGGAAACGCAGCUCGUGAGGUCUUAUCAAACGAAAGCGUCCUCGUGGAGCUGGUGGAGGGCGACUUCGGGCUGGACAGCCCCAACCCGUGCACCCCUUACCAACUGAAAAAAGUCGGCUUGGGGUCCUUCCAAAGCCUCGUCCCAGAGCUUGGCUACGUCUACACGUGGGCGCAAAAAAUGUGCGGCAUUGAUUUUUUGAAUAAAAUGUCCGGUUCGGAUCAACUGAGCCAAACUAACGUCGAGUCGGUCAUGAAAACAAUAAAAAAGCGCCUAAAGUCGCGGUAUGCCUUGGCGAAACAAUUGGAGGAGUUGGAGCGGAAUGUGAUUCCUGUUUUGCCGGCUAGUGUCGAUUUGCCGCGAACCACGAUUUCGAGUCUUACGAAAUGGUCAUCAGGGACGUAUCAAAGCUUUUGCGAGGCUAAAUUUACGGAGGGUUUGCUAGAAGCUGAGUUAAUUUCGCCGAAUGAUAUUUUCUAUAAAGCGACAAUCACGCGUGAUAAAGCAAAUUUGCAAGCUUUUGUUGUUAUCAAGAACGAUUAUCCGUCAAUUCCACCAAUUUUUGCGCUUUGUUUGAACUAUAACGGGACUAGACAUUCGCAGAAUGAUGAUAAUAUUCGGGACAUGGAACGGUCGAUUAAUGUCGAUUGGAACCACGAAUUUUCAAAUGCAAAUUGGCUUUUGUCGGCCCAGAUUAUGUCAUUGUGUGUCGGACUGGACAUUUAUCUGGAAACGGAGGACCCUGGGACGUUUCAACAGAACACCAUGUAUAUUAAAUCGACUUGCGCCAGAAAUAGGAGAAAGCCGUUCAAAUUCAGGAAUAUUGGGGUUGGGGUCUACACCCAAUGAGUUUUUUUUUUUGACAAAUAAAUGAGUUUUUUGAAU